CUCAAUUGACUUAGUGAACUUCUGUGUGCAGCUACGGGGGAAGCUGUUCUGUCUUGGCUGUUGUUACCUGGAGAUUUUCCCGUGUGCAGCUGUGGAUAACUGACAAGUGUCACAUAUGUUAAAGAGAACUUGAGAUAAUCCUUUGAAACUGCUUCAAGAUGUAUUUUUUAGCAUAUGGAUUUGACUGGACAAUGCAAGUAUUUCUCCUAGCUUCUCUGUUUUCUCAUCUGAGUGGUUUCACGUGUCUUACCAGCCCUAACCAAGUGACUGCAGAAACUGGGCAGAGUAUUGUCCUACCAGUAAAUAUCCGUCAUUCAUCAUCUGUCUUCAUUUGGUACAGAAACUAUGAAAAUGAAACAAACAAAAUCUUUGAAUAUGAUACUAAUAGAGAAGUGAAGCGUGUUGCUGGCCAACAGUAUACUGGCAGAGAGGACAUCUUGCCGAAUAUAUCCCUAAAGAUCAGAAAUGUUGACAUAAACUACACCGGACAUUAUAUUAUGGUUUCUAAUUCCUCACCCAGAGAUUGUGCAACCAUCAUGGUAAAUAUACAUGAAAGGAAUCUGACAAAACGAGUAGCUGAACAGGUGACACUAAAGGAAGCUGACCAGAAGAAACAUCUGAUGGAAACAGAAGUCACAAAUCAAAAGCUGGUCGUGGACAAAGAAAAUACAAGUAAAACAGCACAGGGUAAGCUAGAAAAGUUAAACACGUGCUUACACAAACUGGAUGAAGAGUUAGAGAAUAUCUUUGAAAACUUGGAAAAGGUGGAAUGA